GGGCGCGUGUGGCAGCGUGUGCGUGGAGCGGCGUUUUGGCAGGCGGUGAGAAGGGAGUCCCUGUGAGGGUUCGAAUGCUGCUCACAGCGAUGGAUUUUAUCCAGUGUCCACGGAAUCCAUGGUGAAGAUCCUGCAAGGAACUGUCCCCCCUACUAGGAAUAGUGGCCAUGUUGCAAUGACUAGGCUGUGUCAUGUGGUAAUCACAGCAUCUUGCCGAUUGCAGCAAUUUUUUUUCCUUCAUCCAUUAAUUGAUCGAUUCAGUUAAUGAGCAACUCUGGCUCGGGAAAGAGGCAACAGGUCGGCUUUUGAGAGGCUGAGAAGCUUUUGCUCCACAGUGGAAUAGGAAAGGGCAGGAAACCCCCAGGGCGUGAAGAGCUGAGCUGGGACCUGAGGGGUGCAAGCAGACCCUGGGACCAUGGCCAAGCUGGUGGAAUGCGUCCCCAAUUUCUCUGAGGGGAAUAACAAAGAGGUGAUUGAUGCAGUGGCACAGGCCAUCUCCCAGACACCAGGAUGUGUGCUGCUGGAUGUGGAUGCCGGCGCCUCCACCAACCGCACUGUCUACACCUUUGUGGGGUCCCCUGAGGCCGUGGUGGAAGGGGCACUGAAUGCAGCCCGUGUGGCUGGGCAGCUUAUUGACAUGAGCCGACACUCAGGUGAGCACCCUCGGAUGGGAGCCUUGGAUGUCUGCCCCUUUGUGCCAGUGAGGAAUGUCAGCAUGGAGGAGUGUGUCACCUGUGCCCACAUCUUCGGGCAACGCUUGGCAGCAGAGCUGAGCGUGCCUGUUUACCUGUAUGGAGCAGCAGCACGGCAUGAGAACAGGAAAGCCCUGCCCUCCAUCCGUGCCGGGGAGUAUGAGGCACUCCCCGAUAAGCUUGCAAAACCAGAGUGGGCUCCUGAUUUUGGGCCCCCAACUUUUGUCCCCCGGUGGGGGGCCACAGUGACGGGUGCCCGGACCUUCCUUAUUGCAUACAACAUCAACCUGCUGUGCACCAAGGAGCUGGCUCACCGCAUCGCCCUCAACAUCCGCGAGCAGGGCCGCGGCCCUGACCAGCCCGGGCGCUUGAAGAAGGUGCAGGGCAUUGGCUGGUAUUUGGAGGAGGAGAACAUGGCCCAGGUUUCAACAAACCUGCUGGACUUUGAGACUACACCGCUCCACACUGUCUAUGAGGAGAUCUGCCGAGACGCACAGGAACUGAAUCUCCCUGUGGUGGGGUCUCAGCUGGUGGGGCUCAUUCCCAAGAAGGCCAUGCUGGACGCAGCUGAGUUUUACAUGAAGAAGGAAAAGCUCUUCAUCCUGGAGGAGGAACAGAAGAUCAGACUGGUGGUCAGUCGGCUGGGCCUGGACUCCCUGUCUCCAUUUCACCCCCGGGAGCGCAUCAUCGAGUACUUGGUGGAAGCAGGACAGGUGGAUGGGGGGCUGGUGGCGAGGCCACUGGGCGCCUUUGUGCGAGCAGUUGGAGCGAGGUCUGCAGCGCCUGGAGGAGGCUCUGUGUCUGCAGCUGCAGGAGCCCUGGAUUUACCCCGGCAGGGAGCAGCGCUGGGCAGCAUGGUGGGGUUGAUGAGCUAUGGGAAGCGGCAGUUUGAGGACCUGGACCCCAUCAUGAGGAAGCUGAUACCCCCUUUCCACCAGACCAUGGGGGAGCUGGUGGCAAUGGUGGAUGCCGACUCCUGUGCCUUCAGCAGCUACAUGGAAGCCAUGAAGCUGCCCAAGAACACCCCCGAGGAGCGGGAGAGGCGCAUGGCUGCCAUGCAGCAGGGGCUGAAGACGGCCGUGGGGGUGCCCUAUGGCCUGGCAGAGAAGGUGAACGGGCUCUGGCCUGCUCUGAAGGAGCUGGCACAACACUGUAACCUGGCCUGCAAAUCUGACAUCCAGGUGGGAGCCAAAAUGCUGGAAACAGCGGUGUUCGGAGCUUACUUCAAUGUCAUGAUCAACCUCAAGGACAUCACGGACGAGAAGUUCAAGCGUGUGAUGUCACAGAAGGUCUCCGGGCUGCUGGAAGAGGCGAAGCAAGGCUCGGCGGUCGUGCUGGCGCUGCUGGACAAGAGAGAGGCCUGAGAAGGGCUGGAGAGUGCUCUGGGGGGUUCUGCAGUGGCAAAUACAGCUGGG